AUGCGAUCGAUAGAUACCUUCCGAAUCACGAGCCAUCUACUGGAUGUGCGUGACCUCUCCAUUCGUUCAAUCACUGUAAAUGGAAAAGUGGUUGAUUUCCGUAUUGCUCCGAAUGUUUACACAUUCUUUGGAUCCAAGAUGACUGUAUAUCUUCCUCUAGAGUUCCAAGAAGAGGGACGCGAACUUAGUAUCGUUGUCUUCUACAGCACUUCUCCAGAAGCUACCGCGCUUCAAUGGAUGAAAAAGGAACAGACCGCGAAUCAAAAGGCUCCAUAUUUAUUCUCACAAUGUCAAGCAAUUCAUGCGCGAUCAAUUGUUCCUUGUAUGGACACUCCUUCAGUGAAAUCUACCUAUGAAGCUCAGGUGACAGUGCCAACUGGCCUAACUUGCUUAAUGAGUGCAAUCGGCGAAGGAUCCAAAGGCGACGAAGAGUUUACCACAUUUUUCUUCAAACAACCAGUUCCUAUUCCUUCCUACCUCAUCGCCAUAGUUCUGCUGGAUGUACGUGACCUCUCCAUUCGCUCAAUCACUGUGAAUGGAAAAGUGGUUGAUUUCCGUAUUGCUCCGAAUGUUUACACAUUCUUUGGAUCCAAGAUGACUGUAUAUCUUCCUCUAGAGUUCCAAGAAGAAGGCCGCGAACUAAGUAUCGUCGUCUUCUACAGCACUUCUCCGGAAGCUACCGCGCUUCAAUGGAUGAAAAAGGAACAGACCGCGGAUCAAAAGGCUCCAUAUUUAUUCUCACAAUGUCAAGCAAUUCAUGCACGAGUUGCUGUAUGGGCUGAACCAUCCAUAGUGGAUAAAGCGCAUUGGGAGUUUUCUGAAACCGAAGAUAUCCUCGCAUGCGCGGAAGAAAUAGCUGGAAAAUACAUCUGGGGAAGAUUUUUUAAAAGCAAACCGAUUAAAGCUAGUGUAGGAAGUUUCUUUUACGCAAUGAAGAAGUUUUGCAGAGUUGCUGUAUGGGCAGAACCAUCUAUAGUAGACAAAGCGCACUGGGAGUUUUCUGAAACCGAAGAUAUCCUCGCAUGUGCGGAAGAGAUAGCGGGAAAAUACAUCUGGGGAAGAUAUGACAUGGUGUGUCUACCGCCAUCAUUUCCUUUUGGAGGAAUGGAAAAUCCUUGCCUCACAUUCCUCACACCAACGCUCAUCGCUGGCGACCGUUCCUUAGUCAGUGUUAUUGCUCACGAGAUUGCUCAUAGUUGGUCUGGGAAUUUGGUCACAAACAGCAGCUGGGAGCAUUUCUGGCUCAAUGAAGGCUUCACAAUGUUUAUCGAACGAAAAAUCUGUGGUCGCCUUGUAAGCGAAGAUUAUCGACAAUUCAUGGCUUUUAAUGGAUGGACUAAUAAUCUCAUCCCAGCGGUUUAUGAACAAUUUACUCCGACUCACCAGUUCACAAAGCUAAUCCAAGAUCAUACGAAUGUAGAUCCGGACGUUGCAUUCUCUUGUGUUCCAUACGAGAAAGGAUCAGCUCUACUGUUCUACCUGGAACAGAAGCUAGAGAUAUUCGAGGACUAUCUUCGAGACUACAUUAAUACUUUUGCCCAUAAGGCUAUCGACAGUUUCCAGUGGAAGAAACAUCUACAUGAGUAUUUUGCUGAUAAGAAGGAUAUUUUGAAAACGGUCGAUUUUGAUGCUUGGUUUUAUGCUGUUGGAAUGCCGCCGGAGAAACCAAAAUAUGGUGAAACAAUGGUCGUAGCUUGCGAGGGGCUUUUUAAGCAAUGGAUUGGUGCGGAUGAGAAUAAAGCUACAAAAAUCACUGUUGACAUUUAUAAAAGCAUGCAACCAUUGCAGCAAAUUGAGUUUAUCAGUCAAUUGUGGCAGCAUGAACCGCCACUUGAACACUGGAAGCUUGAGGCUCUUAACAAUCUAUAUAAGUUGAAUGACUCAGAGAAUUGUGAAAUUGUCUUAAAUUGGAUCCGGCUUUGUGUGAAAGCAAAAUGGGAGCCGAUUAUAGAAAAGGCGCUCAAGUUCGUAACAUCUCAGGGCAGGCUGAAGUACUGUCGGCCAGUUUACAGAGACCUAACAGCUUGGCCAGCGGCUAGAAGUCGUGCGCGUGAUGCGUAUAUCAAAACUCGUUCCUCUAUGCAUCCAAUCACUGCCGAGAUGAUCGCAAAGGAUCUACACAUGCGACAUUCCACACAUACCGUCUGCUUCUAG